GGCACUGACGGGCCACUCCCCAGAGCCGCGCCGACGGAGACGGCAGAGCUCCCGUGAAGCAGUCCGCUGCCUACCCCCUGCCACCCUCCACCCGUCCAUGCCCCAAACCCGGGAACGAGAGAGGCACCAGACGAGCCCCUGACGCCUCCCCACCUCCCCCCGCAACAAACCCCACGACACAACUGAGCAGGAAUGGAGUCCUUCAGUUCCAAGGAUCUGGCGAUGAAAGCCCAGAAGAAGAUCCUGAGCCGGAUCGCCAACAAGUCGCUGGCCCAGUUCCUGAUUGACGACACCAGCGCCGAGAUCCUGGACGAGCUCUACCGUGUCUCCAAGGAAUUCACCAGCAACCGCGCCAAGUCGCAGAAGGUGCUGAAGGACCUGGUGAAGGUGGCCGUGAAGAUCGCCGUGCUGUAUCGGCACCAGCAGUUCAGUGAGCACGAGCUGGGCCUGGCCGGCGACUUCCGCCACAAGCUGCGCCAGGGAGCCAUGACCGCCAUCAGCUUCCACGAAGUGGCUUUCACCUUCGAGGCCCAGGUGAUGGCCCAGCUGCUGGGAGACUGCCGCGACUUGCUCCUGCGGCUGGUCGAGGGCCACCUCACCCCCAAGUCCCACGGCCGCAUCCGGCACGUCUUUGACCACUUCGGCAACGACGAGCUCCUCGUCAAGCUCUACAGCGACCAGGACCCCUACCGCGCCCACCUGCAGAAGAUCUGCGACGGUUUGGGAAAGCUGCUGGAGGAUGGCACCCUAUAGACGGAGGGAGGGGGCAUUUAACGAGGACACAGGGACAAUACCCAGCCACCAUCGGGCAAGGGUUGGCGGCCCGGGUGCCAACAUAUUCUGUUAGCCUCUCCGAAGACGCGUCAACAGAUUCGAAUCACCGGAAUAAAUGCACUGCACACUCA